AGGAGAAGGCUGGUUUGCCUCGCCUCUUCGACUUCCUUCCUUUCAAGCGUGGCGAUUGUGACGCUGAGCGCCGGCUGCGCCCCGCGGCCCCAGGGUCGAUAGGGGCUAUCGGGGACUCUGACAUUUGCUUCGUGGAGGGGCGCCCUACUUGCAGAUGUUGCCUUCGGUCGCGGUCCCUUCCCUGCAGCUCUACGUCUGGUUGCGCAGGCGUCUUACCUCUUGGAUUUGAACGGCUCCUGCCAGUCGUCCGCAUUGUUGAGAGCAUCGGAAGAUGUCGUGGGUAGGGUUUGCGCUUAAUCGCCCCGACGAAGAUGUGUUCGAUGAAGACGCGGAUGAACUGGACCUCGCCCAGAACGAAUGGAAGAGCACCAUGAAGAAACGAGUCAAGGAAGGCUAUAGGGAGGGAGUUGAAGCUGGGAAAAAGCUGACACUUCAACAAGGUUUUAAUAAGGGGUAUGAAGAAGCAGCAAAGCGGAUGUUCUCCUGUGGCCAGCUGAAGGGGCUUGCUCUCUUGUCUUGGUGUCAUCACAAAGGAUGUGAUUCUGCACCGCUGAGCGAGAUGACUGACCUGCUGAAUGAAGUAGGCAAAUAUGAAGAGAGUGUGCUUAAGGAUCUUAGCUAUACACAUUCACAACCUCAUGUUGGAGAUUUACUGGAUACUAUUGAGGACGUGGACCUUGGUCCUGUACUUUCACCGGAAAAACAGUGCAGUAGAACUACAGGUGAAACAGCCUGUGAAAAUGGCACAGAGCCUAAUGGAAACUGUUGCAGAAAUGAUAAUGGGACAAAUUGCUUCCAAGGAGAAUGCUGUAGAAGGACAAACGAACACAGAGUUUCUGAAAGGCCAACCCUUACUCAGUUAAAAGACAAAGCCAUCAGUUUAGUGCAACAGUUAGGAUUGUCCCCAGACACAACAGAACAUAUCCAGCUGUUGCAAGGUUAAUUCAUUGUAUGAAAUGAGAUUUAUGGAUCUUUUUCUGCUGGAAAUACAGCGACAUCAACAGAUUGAACUUGCUGCUGAAAUUGAGAACUUGCAUUCAAAUAUUCUUGAAUAAAGCAACCUCUGUGUGUGAAGUCAA